UCCAGCGACAUCAGCAAUUGAAAGAACUCGUCUGAAUUUGACGUUGCACUUCAGCGGCGACAUCCUAGAAGAGAAUAUCUUCAAGAUAACUCUCAACUUUCUUCGAGAGUGACCAUAGCGGUGCUACAGCGAUCCGGUGGAACCGAAGGAAGAAACUAUUUUGCUCACGAAUCGCGUCGAUAAUCAUGGACGAAGUGUAUUGUGACGAGUUGCUUCAGCAUUAUCCCUCGUUCUCGGACUUUCAAGAUUUGCGUUUCACGUAUAUCUGCAAUUGUGUCUUCAACAUUUUACUCGCUCAAAACACCAUUGUGUCCAACAUGUUAGCGAUUUUCGCGAUACGAAGAUGUUCGUCGUUACCACAGACUUUAAAAACGUUCCUUCUGAGUCUUUCUGCUUCUGAUGUUGGUGUUGGUUUGGUUGUUCAACCAAUUUACAUUUCCCUUCUUAUCAACUGGUUGCAACAGAAUGAUUCUAACUGUAUUAUCGCAAUGGUUUAUCAAAUGUGCGGUACUUUUUUCUCGGUUACUUCGUUCCUAGGUGUUCUGGCUAUAAGUGUGGACAGGUUCUUAGCUGUUCAUCUUCAUCUCAGAUAUAAGGAACUUGUGACUCACAGGCGUGUUGUUGCUGUGGUUGUAUCCAUUUGGCUGUUUAGCGCUGUUGGUUUUAUACUUACAUUUUGGAACCUAUACCAAGGUCGAAGGCUAUUUCGUAUGACAGGUGGAGUUUUUUGUCUUAUUAUCGCAACGUUUGUUUACAUCAGGGUUUAUUUGGUCGCACGACGACACAAAAAUAAGAUUCAAUCUCUGCAUAUACACCAAGCACAACAUAGAAGCUCAGUGGCAAAUUUUACUCGCCUCAUCAAUUCUGCCACCGUCACAUUUUAUGUGUAUCUUGUGUUUUUACUUUGUUAUUUGCCACUGUUUAUCUGCCUCGCAGCCAUUCGCGUAAACAACGCGAGCACCAAUUUAAAGAAACUUUUUCUUUUCUCUUUGACUCUGUUGUAUCUUAAUUCAUCCCUGAAUCCUGUAAUUUACUGCUGGAGGAUGCGACACAUUCGACGUGCUAUCAUGGACGUUAUACGGAACUUGCUGUUGCGGAGAAAUCACACAUCACGUUGGUCCUAAACCUUUCCUUUCUAUGUA